AUGCAAGACAGAGAGGAAGGGGAGGAGUGCCUGGGGUUGGCAUCGGGCAGGCAGGCAUGGGAUCAGGCGCUGGAUCGGGUUUGUUUUGCCAAACGCUCCAAGCAACUCGCAGGUUUAAUCUCAGAUUUUGAACCUUACGGCCGAAUCUCUGUACGCCGAGGUUUGACGAUCACGCUGUGGGACUCGUGGGCAACCUUGGCUUUGGCUCCGGGAGCUAUGUUGACGUGCUUGGGGUUGAGCGCAAGAAACUGGCGGCAGCAGAUCCAGUUCCACCUAUGGGCAGAUGGAUAUGCCCAAGUCGCGCCCCAGCAGCAUGUUCGAGCAGCAGGAGAGCCGGAUCAUGCGGAAGCGGGUGGUGUCGGAGCAACAGCACCGGAAGAUGCUCACGCGGAAGCGGAUGGUAUCGAAGCAACAGCACCGGAAGUUGCGGAAGCAACCGGAGCAACAGAAGAAGAUGAUGCUGAAGCACCGGAGCCCGUUUUCUGA